CCCCUCACGCUUCCCGCGCGCGCGGAGCCGCUCGCGCCGCUCCCGCCGCCGCCGCUGAUUGGUCCCGCGCGCUGAGGCACGGCGCGUUCUGAUUGGUCCCGCCCGCUCAGGCACGGCGAGCGCUGAUUGAUCCCGCGCGCUGAGGCACGGCGCGCUCUGAUUGGUCCCGCGCGCUGAGGCACGGCGCGCUCAGAUUGGGUGCAGGGGCGGGACUUGGAGGUCGAGGGGGCGUGGCCGUAGGCGGAAAAGGCGGGGCCAGCGCCAUGCCAAAGCGCGGGAAGAAGAAGGAGGAGAACGGGAGCGGGGACGAGGCCGGCCCCGCCCCCGCGAAGGCUCCCAAGGCGUCACCGGCCCCGCUCUACGAAGACCCGCCCACCCGCGAGGCCACGCCCGAUGGGCGGCGCUGGACGCUCAAGGUGACGUCAUGGAACGUGGACGGGCUGAGGGCGUGGCUGCGCAAGGGCGGGGCCCAGUGGGUGCAGGAGGAGGCCCCGGACGUGCUGUGCCUGCAGGAGACCAAGUGCGCGGUGUCGGCGGUGCCGGCCGAGCUGCGGGCGCUGCCGGGGCUCCCCCACCAGUUCUGGUCCAGCGCCAAGGACCGGCCGGGCUACAGCGGCGUGGGGCUGCUGGCCAGGACCGAGCCGCUGGAGGUCACCUACGGCAUCGGUGACCCCGAGCACGACGUGGACGGCCGCGUGGUGACGGCCGAGUUCCCCUCGCUCUUCGUGGUCUCGGCCUACGUGCCCAACGCCGGCCGGGGCCUGGUGCGCCUGGAGCCGCGGCUGCGCUUCGACGCCGCCUUCCUGCGCUUCCUGCAGGGCCUGGACGCCCGCAAGCCCGUCCUGCUCUGCGGCGACCUCAACGUGGCCCACGCCGAGAUCGACCUGUGCCACCCCCGCGCCAACCGCGCCAGCGCCGGCUUCACGCCGCAGGAGCGCGAGGGCUUCACGCGCCUGCUGGAGGCCGGCUUCGUCGACUCCUUCCGGCACCUGUACCCCGAGGCCCGGGGCGCCUUCACCUUCUGGACCUACCUGGGCGGGGCGCGGGCGCGCAACGUGGGCUGGAGGCUGGACUACGCCGUGGUGUCGCGGCGCCUGCUGGGGGCGCUGUGCGACUGCAAGAUCCGCAGCGCCGUGCAGGGCAGCGACCACUGCCCCGUCACCGCCCUGCUGGCCGUCUAGGGGGGGGAUUGGGGGCAAAGUUGGGUGAAAAUUGGGGUUUGGGGCGGUGUUGGGUUUUAAUUGCGGUGUUUUAGCUUAAAGUUGGCUCAGUUUGGCCCAAAAUCGGCUGAAA